GCGCGCUAAAUUGAGCUGUCAAAAACAACAUAAGUUGCGUCACAAAGGAAUGGUUUCAGAAAAUCUCCUGCGUAAAAUGCAUUGUUAUAAGGGAUUAACAUAAACAAUUUAGUUUAGCAUUGGGAAGAUUCAACAAUAAGAAAACGUGCUGAUUAAAAUAAAGAAACUUAGGUAGGAACAUUGUCAACAUACUGAACCGGAACUGUCGUGGAUGCAGACAGAUGCUGGUCAAAGAGGGUGAUGAUGUAUGAGCUUGAUCAGAGUUUACAAAGUGGAAGCAAGGUUGUGUCUGCAGGGUUCUCUUCAAAACCAGAAUCCUCGUUUGACAGUGGUUACAGCUCCUCACCAGCAAAGUUCAAUUUUGGAAUUGCCACUGCAUCAAACAUAUCAAGUUCUCAAUCAGUAUCAUCAAUAAUGGAUCGUCAAAAACAUUAUAUUGCCAGUCCCCUUCGGAGUCAUAAUACAGAUUCAAACCCAGGUAUAUUGAGCAUGAGCCCAGUGAAAAUAGAGCCAGGUUUAUUCAGCCCAUUUAAAGGUUCAUCACUUAGUCCAUUCAAGGAUUCCUCUCUCAGUCCCUUCAAAUUGUUUAACCAGAGUCCUUCUAAAGGAUCAUUUGAUGAGUGGGAUAAAGACUUCAUAGCAAGCUUUCAAGAGAAUCUGUUUGGUGAUGUGACAAGCAAUUCAAGUCUAGUAGAUGAGUGGUUACGCUCUCCCCAAGGUAAGGCUUUGUUGGAGAGUAGGAACAGUCCAAUGAGGAGUGGCAGUAGUGCUGUAAGGAGACUGAAAAUUACUCCUGAAAAUAAAAACAGGAAGCAGAAUUUCCAACCUCUUCAUGACAAUUAUGUAGAGAUAUUUAGUGCUCCAGUGUAUGUAAAGCAAGAAACUUCAGACACGUGCAUUGUGAAGGAAGAAAAUACCACACAUGAUCAUAUGUAUGGGCAGUCUAUAGGAAGCAUAGCCUCAAACCCUCUUAGUGCAAUAGAUCCUAAUAAAAUGAGUGACACACCUAUGAAACCAAGAGUUACAAACAUGGAAAAUGCACCUAUUCGUAAGUUGUCAAUGCGAAUGUCAGGUAUCUCGGCAGAUGUUCCAACAGUUAUUGUGCAAAGGGAAAAUUCUUCAGAGAAUAACUGGCCUUCAAAAGAAAAAUUAAAGUUUGCUCGCCAACAGUUUAAACAAAUUUUAAACAAAGCCGUCGAAAAAGAGCUAGAAAUUAUGGAGGAAAUCAGAAAAAGAAAGGCUGAGGCAAAAAGAAAAGAAAUCAGCAAGAAUACAAAAAAGACAAAAUGUGAUUCAAAGUUAGUGGUACACACUGGUGGCAAUGUGGCUAAAGUUGGACAUAAACAUGGUGGAAAAGUCUCGCAGGGUGGAAAGUCAAAGGGAAAAGUAGGUCGUAGACCCGGACGAAAAGAUAAAUAUCCUCAAAUUAAGAUGGCACUGUCAAAACCAGUAAGACAGGAGGAAAUGUCACCGUUAGUUCACCGCGAACUUUUCCCGCCAGCCGGUUUCACCGACCCCGGCUGGUAUCCUAGUGACGAUGAUGUUGAUAUAGAAAAUGACGACGACACUUGGUCUGGUCCACCUCCAUUCUUUAAACAGUCUAGUGUUGAAGUUUAUGGACAUGAUGAUGAUUCUUCGGAUGAGGAUUACGAUCCUUCAGCCUAUCAGUAUGAAACACUGUCUGGGCGUAAAGUGAAGAAACGAAAGAUCUAUAGAUACUGAGUUGUGAAGAAAUUAUUGUGAUUAUUUUGACAUGAUUUUGAUUGGGUCAGGACCAUUUAUUGAGUAUUUAUUAAUGAAAUUAAUACAUUUUGUUAACUUUUUCAGUUAAAUUGUUAAAUACUACAACAAAAAGAGCAUGCUUUGUAAGGUACCAGAUAUUGUGUUUAAGGAUUAAAGUUAUUUUGUAGUAGAGUAGUUGAGCAAGUUAACUAUGUAUAUAAAUGCAUUCUUGUAUACUAUAAUUUGCUUUUUUUAGUGCAUAUUCACCUGUUGAUGAACAAAAAUACCUUGUUAAAAUGGUCAGUAAUAUGAAGUGUUAAUAGGUAGUGGCUAUGCAAAAUAUGUAAGGCAGUGAUAUUUGUAUAGAUUUAUACUUUGUAUAGAAAAUGAUAUUAACUUUAAACACAAAAGCAACAAUAGUCAAAUUAUUUCAGUUGUUAGUAACUGAAAAAUGAAUUGAUCAAAGAUCUUGAUGCCAAACAAUAUCCAUAAGAAAUUUGCUGUAAUCAAACAGAAUAUCAUUUAAUUUGUCUGUGCUGGAAACAAUUGAUUAGCAUUUAUUAUAGUCUUAUAGAGAAUAUGAAAUGAGUAGAUUUAAUACUAAAUUUAUUGAACAAGUUGAAUAAAAUCAUAUUAUGCGAGCCUCUGUUAAAAAGAGUUUUUUUUAUUGACGCGCCUAUUGUGAAACGCUAACAUUAGCACUCUAACGCUAUGUGUAUAUAUAUAGCGCAAAUGACGUCAUGUCAAAGUGUCAUUAAUAAUUAUAAUAGAUAUAUCAUUUUUAUUAAAUGGCUUUAUUACAAUUCUGAGCCGUGGUUUAUGUGAUAAAAAGAAGUAAUGAAAUUGUUCAUUACAACUAGUAAUAUAAAUUUCAAAUUUCAGUUACUCUAUCCCAGGUAAUAAUUUAUGAUGGCCUGGUAAUUUCAAUGUUCAAAUUUUUUAAGACAUUAUUGUAUUGGUCGAGCUGCAAAGUUUGGGGAAAAAAACCUUAAAAAGUUUUUCUUAAAAAAAGUAGAAGCAUAUGACAAUGGCUCAAAGGUCGAUUCAAGUAAAAAGAAAAUUGUAUUAAUGAUUUUAAUGAAAUAUAUGUAUGGCCAAAACUUUUGGCAAAACGUGUUGAUUGUAGAGUAGAUUAAUAUAGUAAAGUGGUUGUCUUUCAAGUUCUGAGUUGAGUUUUAAAAUGAUGUACAUAAAGUGUCAGCAUGUUAAUGUCUGUGAUGUUGUUUUUUUUUCUAGCCAAUUAUUUGCUUUGUAGUUUGUACUAUUUUUUUUAAUCAUUUAUUAUGUUUAAAUAGUAAAGGGGUAUGCCUGUUACCAAAAGAUAUUGAUAUAUGCAUACAUGUACCAUUUUGUAUAACAAUUGUCAGAUUUGUUUAAUGUACUAAAAUAAUAAAAGGUUGAUGGAUCUAGUCUGGUGCACGCCUGAAGUUUGUAGGUGCACCUGACGUCUUCCUCCCACCAGUUAAGCUUAAAAGUCACCAUAUAACCAUAACCGUGUAGAUGUGAUUUAAAACUUAACAAAACAAAACUGCUUAUACUAUUUAUCAGACCAAUAACAGCUAACCAAAUCUGACAGGAAAAAGAUAUAUUGAACCUAAAAGGGAAAAAAAAUCAUGUUUUGCGAAAUUUUGAUACAAAGAAACUCUUUUGUUUCACAGAUUCUAAUUUGCUUUGUUCCACAGACCUUUGGUAAAAAGUCAUUUAUAUCUUCAGUAAAAUAAGCAAGAGUUUUUUUGCUUUUCCAAUCAGUGGUGUAAUAGAAUCAUAUGCUAGAGGUCAUACAUGCUAUGAAAAUUUCCAAAACUAUACAAAAACUUUUUUAUUACCACUUUGUGAGGAAAUAAAUUAUUGUCAUGCCCCAGUAGCUCUUUAUGGGAAAUGAAAAACAUAAACCUGGAUUUCUUUUUAAUGAAAUGAUUAUAUGAUGAUUAUUUUUAUGUAGAUUAACUCGGACAAUGGAAAAAUAAGUUUAGGCUUAACAAUAC